AUGUCAAACCCUAUCACUUUUCUGGUGAGAGUCUUCGAGUUCGUCUCCGAACACAGUGACUUUUUGGAGACGAAGAGCACCGAAAAGGAGGUAGCAUCGCUGGUUUGCGCCGUUGAGAAGAAGAGGGAGUUUCUCAAGGUGGAGAGAGAAAAGGCUGAGAAGAAGAAGAGAGAGGACCUCAAGGCCUCGAAGGAGAGGGGAAAAUCCGACAAGAGGUUGAAGGAAGAGAAGAAAUCCAAAGCCGAAGACACCAACAAAGACAAAAGCACCUCCAGAGUUCCAAACAAAGGUAAUGGCUUGGAUUUGGAGAAAUACUCUUGGACUCAAUCACUUCAAGAGGUUAAUGUUAAUGUUCCGGUGCCAAAUGGAACCAAAUCAAGAUCCGGUCACCUUGGAUACCAAGGAUGGCAAUGA